UGUGCCAAUAAGCCCUUUUACAAAAAUUUAGUAAAAAAUCAUUCUAGAGAAGAAGGUUUAUUUAAAUACUGGAAAGUAACUGACAAUGGAGGAGCAGGCUGGGAUAUAGAGUGUCCUCCUCAAGGAGUCAAACCACUGCCAGCUGAUCCCGUGUUUGAAAACAAACAGUUCUGCUUUGUCACAUCUUUUGGAAGGUGUUGCAUGGAACAAACAAUCGAUUUAAUUGACGAAGGGAUGAACGAAUACUUGCUAGGUUUUUUGCAACCAACGAUCAAGGUCAGCGAGUCGUUUUGUAGUAGGCCUAAUGUACCAGCAGUUUAUGAUUGCACCAUUAAACUCUUAAGAGAGCAAAAAUCAGACUGAACAGCAAUGGAAGUAUUGAAUUAUACUAAAAUUAUUGAAAAAGAUCAAAUGAAUCAGUGGUUUAAAUUCUGUCACGAAUUUAAAGAUUAUGGAAAAGGGUUGAGAAAAAUUAAAUUCUGUCAUAGUGGACAAGAUAGAUCUUACUCAAAUGGAUUUCGUGGCAGCAAAAUGGCUGGGGCAAGUGUAAGAUUAGAACUAAAUAUCUAA